AUGACGACUCUCACAAACGCCUUCUCACACUCGUCCCAUGACACGGCCAUCAUUGUGCCUGGAAAAGAGCCUUUGACCAUCUCAUACGAGCAACUCACUGCCGACAUCCUCUCCUUCCAACUCAAGCUCGCCAAACUCGGCAUCACUCCUGGCUCGGCCGUCUCGAUUGCUCUUCCCAACACAUACCCCUUCAUCGUCGCUUUCCUGGCAUCGGCCUGGCAGCGUGCCAUCGCCGCCCCGCUCAAUUCUGCCUACAAGCAAGCCGAGUUCGAGUUCUACAUCGACGAUCUCAAGUCUGCUCUCGUCCUCGUACCUCAAGGUCUAGCAGACGGUCCUGCUGUCAAGGCCGCUACCAAAUACAAUGCUGCCGUUGCCGAAUGCUACUGGAAUGGAAAAGAGGUUGUCCUGGACGUCAAGGACGAGGGUAAGCUGAAGGGUAAGGGAGACAAGCCUCUCGAGUUGGCGCAACCUGACGAUGUCGCUCUGGUCCUGCACACCAGCGGUACCACUGGUCGUCCCAAAGCUGUCCCUCUCUCCCACAAGAACCUCACACGCACAAUGUCCAACAUCAAGGCAACUUACGAGUUGACCAAGGCCGACCGUACCAUGCUCGUCAUGCCUCUCUUCCACGUUCACGGUCUCCUUGCUGGCUUCCUUGCCCCUCUUUUGUCUGGUGGUUCUGUCGUCGUGCCUGGCAAGUUCUCGGCUUCCGACUUCUGGCGCGACUUCCAGACCCAUGAGGCAAACUGGUACACUGCUGUGCCUACCAUCCACCAGAUUUUGCUCAAGAGCCCCAUUCCAUCUCCUCUGCCAAACAUCCGCUUCAUCAGAUCUUGCUCUUCGCCUCUGUCGCCCAAGGUCUUCCAUGACCUUGAGAAGACCUUCAAGGCUCCUGUUCUUGAAGCCUACGCCAUGACUGAGGCUGCUCACCAAAUGACCUCCAACCCUCUGCCUCACAAGGGUAAGCGCCAACCAGGUUCAGUUGGUGUUGGUCAAGGUGUCGAAGUCAAGAUCUUGGACCAGUCAGGCAAGGAGGUCUCCCAGGGCUCUGAGGCUGAGAUCUGCAUUCGCGGUGAGAAUGUCACUACCGGCUACCUCAACAAUCCCGAAGCAAACAAGUCUUCUUUCACUGCAGAGGGCUUCUUCCGCACCGGUGACCAAGGCAAACAAGACGCCGACGGAUAUGUCAUCAUCACAGGCAGAAUCAAGGAGCUCAUCAACAAGGGUGGUGAAAAGAUCAGUCCCAUCGAACUCGACAAUGUCAUGGCACAACAUCCUGCUGUGUCGGAAGCUGUCAGUUUCGCUAUUGCAGACGAUAUGUAUGGCCAGGAUGUUGGUGUUGCCAUCGUUCUCAAGGACAGCCAAAAGCUUGAGCCUGCAGACCUGAAGUCGUGGAUGGCUGAACGCGUUGCCAAGUUCAAGUUGCCUAAGAAGGUCUUUUUCACCAAUGUCAUGCCCAAGACUGCCACAGGCAAGAUCCAAAGACGUAUGGUCGCCGAAGCCAUGCUCAAGCAAGAGUCGCCCAAGGCCAAGCUCUAA